GAAAAAGCUGAGCUGCUCCGCAUGCGUGCAUUAGCCAAUAAAUUUUGAAUCAAUUCGACCAUCUUGCGCUGCGAACAUCUCUGUGGCUCUCUGAGCCAAGCCCUCACAAAACAAGUCACAGCAGCACACAAUGUCUCGCGCUCUGUGGUGGCUCCUAGCCUGCAGUCGCACCGCCACGGCAGUGCUGAUGACGACCGCGACCCGCGCCGCGACGACGAACGAUUGGGGCGCCGUGCCGGGGUUGCUAAAGCGGCGAGAGGUCUCUGCUGUCUUCGUCGAGGACGCCGCGUCGCUGAUCGACGGCGCCGGCUGGGCCACAGCGCUGGAGGGCGCCGCCGAGGUCGUCGUCGAGUGUGACUGCUGCGUCGAGGACGUCGCAUCAACACUGACCGAGGCGUUCUGGCCGGACGACGCGUCCUACGCAUCACAAGCGGCGCCGGGCUUCGUGCAGCUCGCCCGGCGGUUUGAUGAAUGCCUCGGCGCCGCGAGCGACGGCGGCCGCGUCCGCGUCCGCGCGACGGUCGCGGUCGGCGGCCGCGCGACGCAGCCGUGCCCGCGGCUCCACACGGACGACGUCGUGCUGAGGGGCUUGGUGGUGCUGGAGGGCUCGCCGACGGUCGUCGCGCCCGGCGCGCGCCUCGACGUGGACCACCUGCUGCCCACGUGGGCGCUCAAAGCCGACCCGGACGGCGAAGAACUGUCGCCGCCGCCGGGCGCCGCCUGCCUGUUGAAAGGUAGGCGCUGGCCGGGCCUAUUUGCCCCCGCUGCCGCGCACCGGUCGCCUGCGCCGACGGAAGGUCGCCGCGUAUUGCUGGCCCUGGACCGGCUCUGCGACGUGUGA